UGCUGGAAAGCCGAGGCGUAGGGCUGCGAGCGGCGCGAGCACCGGAGAUCAGCAGGGGCAUCACUCGUCACAACAUUCAGCCUCUCAUCCGCCCUCACUCCAUUUUGUCGCGAUUUUCCGUUUUUAUCGUUGAAGUCUGAAUCGUGGUGAGCGAUUGGAGCCGGGCUCACUAGCGAGGCUUUUGUUAGCCCGUGUUGGGGGCAGUUACUGUUGCCAGUCGGUGGGGGGCCGCAUUAUCAUCUUUCGGUCAUUUGGGAGGCAAAACAGCAGCCUCUCACCGCGUGUUAGUUAAAAUCGAUUUGAGGUGUCUUUGGUCUUAUUCAAGUGGGAUACUGGAUCUGGUUAGACUGGAAUAACGGCGUUUUUUAAAUAACGGUGUAAAAUUACUGCCGCUCUUUGUGUGGCUUCAGCUUCGUGUCCCCGUUACCCGAAGUUCCGUACUCCGACCUCCAAAAAACAUGUGCUCCCGGGUGUGGUUUAUCACAGACCGGCGGAUCUGCCAGGAGUACCCGCAGGUCCAGAUCCUGCGAGCUCUGAAGGAGCGCUGCGUCGAGGACGAUGUUGAAUUCCGCUAUCUGCUAAUGGAUGAGAUCGUCCUGACCAUAACGGACGGGCAGCUCGGUCUACGGGUUGGGCAAGAGAAUGUGACCUCAUACCCGCAGGUUGCCGUGGUACGUGUUCCGACCCCAUGGGUCCAGUCAGACAGUGACAUCACUGUCCUGCGUCACCUGGAGAAGAUGGGCUGCCGUCUGAUCAACCGUCCACAGGCCAUCCUUAACUGUGUCAAUAAGUUCUGGACCUUCCAGGAGCUUGCCGGGCAUGGUGUCCCUCUGCCUGACACAUAUUCCUACGGGGGACAUGACAACUUCCGCAAGAUGAUCGAUGAAGCGGAGCCUCUAGGUUACCCUGUGGUGGUGAAGAAUGCUCGUGGACACAGAGGUAAAGCUGUGUUCUUGGCCCGGGAUAAGCACCACCUCUCAGACCUGUGUCACCUGAUUCGCCAUGAUGCCCCAUACCUGUUUCAGGAGUAUGUGAAGGAGAGUCAUGGGCGGGACGUGCGAGUGGUUCUGGUUGGCGGUAGAUUGAUUGGAUCUAUGCUGCGCUGCUCUACUGAUGGACGCAUGCAGAGCAACUGCUCAUUGGGUGGGGUUGGAAUGAUGUGCCCUCUUAGUGAGCAGGGCAAGCAGCUGGCUGUGCAGGUGUGUAACAUUUUGGGAAUGGACGUGUGUGGGAUCGACCUGCUGCAGCUGAACGACGGCUCCUUCGUGGUGUGCGAAGCUAACGCCAACGUGGGCUUCAUUGCUUUUGACCAGGCAUGUGGCAUGGAUGUGGCGGGCAUCGUGGCCGACUACGCCCUCUCCCUGCUGCCAAACCGCCUCAGCAGGAAGAUGUCGCUGCUAUCUGUGGUUUCUAACACCAGUGAAACGAGCAGUGAGACCGAGGUGAUCAUUCCCACAGAGGUGUGUAUCCCCAAUGAGAUCUGCCCACCUGGUGCUACCUGUGCCAUGCCCGAUGGCAUCUCCAACAUGAGCACAAGCUCCACCUCCAGCGAGAGUGAGGUGGAUCUAAACGAAACAGGUCCUGCCCCUGUUGCCGAGGAUUCCGCCUACAAUAUCAACUCCCUACUCGCUAGUGAGAUCAAACUGUUGACUGAGUGAGCUGGAAUUACAGCCACAAACACACACACACACGCAUACACAUACAUUGAAGAGCGACACACAUACUGAAGUGGACAUGAUAUAUGCAGAUGCACACAUGUAAUCAUACUAACCCUCCCUGUAAACCCCUGUCUGAGGCUGCUCCCCUGAUGUUUCUUCUCCAUUGACAGACUAUAGAAUUAUUCAAAUGUACAGUGCAGUUUGAAAGUGCACUAGAUUGUGUACGCUCCACCCAGGCUGUAGUGCACCAGUUCAAUAUGAGUUUGCCACUGUAAUUUGAGGGUGCAUGCACUGUAGAGUGGUUUUAUCUGGACUAGAUUCCCAAAUGUAAUCUUUCAGCUACCAUCAAACUGGAUUCUGAUGUACAUACACAAACUCAAGGUCAAAGACAUAUUACAAUCUGUAUUAUAAAGAGAAAAUGAAUGAAUUUUGUCUGUUACAAACCCUUUGGUAGUACAGGGUGGCUAAAGGUAGAAUGCAUUGUGUGCAUGGGGGAGACAGAGCAACAGAAUGGACCUAAAUUCAGCUGCCAUCAGAGAACACACAAGCACCUAAAGGGACAGCAAAAUUAAAAACUGGAAAGUUUAGUUAGAUGCUCCUUCAAUCUCAUUAAAGCAUGAAUGAGUAUGACUUAUCUUAGGCUGUUGCAAUGAAUACCUGUAGUUAAUUUACUGCUGUUUAGAUGAGCAUAGAAAUUUUAUUUGCUCUGCCAGUGUCAGAUAGAAUUGAGUGACUCAAACAUUUACAUUCCUAAGUGUGAUGAUUUGGCACACAUGAACUUACCCUUAAUCAAUUCUCAUGGGCAUCUUCUACCUGGUAAUUCUGUAAAUUAGGUGACCAUUUUCGGAAUCCUUGUUGUCCACCAUUUUGAACUAGUUGAAACAUGUUCAUGGAUUGAUGCUACAGAAGACAAUGUGAUGUACUAUCCUGAAUAGGACAAAUAUUUUAAAUGAGCGUAAUUUUCCAAAGUAUUCAAAUCUGGAAUUGACCACACGCCAAUCUGCAUGUCUGCCGCCCCAAAGGCAAAUCAUUAUCUCCCACAUACUGGAGUCCUAGCAGUGAGUUGCAUAGAGCUAGAGAAAGUUGAAUUUUAAAUGCUAAUAUUUUUACCACAGGGCUGAACAUUUUGCCAACACUAAACGCUGAUGAUGAAUAAGCUAUUUGUCUUCAACAAUUUGUUUGUACAAAAAUCUUGCAACAAUAAAACUGAAGUGUCAAUUCAAAAGGGUGCUAGAGCUUCUCUUAAUGCAGCCCAUUGUUUUAAAGAAGUAUAGAUCUCUGCGGUUUCCCAAUCUGUGUGCGUUUAUAAACUGGGAUGGGUAUUUCUCAAUUAUCCAGUGAAAGUAGGGAAUUGCAAGUAGGCAAAUUGUGUAAAGUGGUUGAAAAAUGCCCAUUCCGGUUUGAAAACGUCCACUGAUUGGGGAAACACCCAUUUUUGUUCAGCAGAGACCCAUGUCUUGGUUUAAAAGCCAAUGAUAACCAGAAAGAAAAACAGGAGUUGUAUUGAUUGAAGUGAAUCUCCAUUUAUUUGUUGUUGUCAAAGAUAAAUUAGUACAGAGAACAUUUCUCAAGUCUAAUUCUUCUUUUUAACUUUAAGCAACUCUGGAAGUUCUUACUGAAAUCUAAGAAUCCAGAUCAAAUUUGAACCAAACUCCAUUCACAUUGGUCUUACGGUUUAAGACAGACUGCAUAUAACAAAUGUAAAAUUCACCAUCCAAACCAGCUCAGAAUGGUUUUCAAUGUUAGAAGUCACACAGUUUAGAUAAAUUUAAAUGCGGUUUACACUUGAUUCAGAAUUUCAGUGAACUUGAGUAGUUACAUUUGAGAUGAUCCACUGUUUUAGUGUUAACUCGGGGAAGCAGCCUUGAUCAAAUUCCUCUCCUUUGGAACAUGUGACAUAUUUAUGCUAGACAGUCCUGCCUAUGUGUAUCAAUCAACAAAAGGGCGAAGAAUUAUAAAAUAUUAAGAAAUAGUUGCUGCGAGGCCAGAUGGUUACAGACACACUUUUCUUGUAUGUUUUAUAUUUAGUGUUGUUGUCUUUCAUUUUCCUAAUUUAUAAUUUUUUAUUUUUUUGAAAAAGGAAAAAACUGGUUUGUAUGCAAUGAUCUUGCUUGGGAAAAACAGAGGAGUGAUGAAGGGUUUUAGUGCUAGUUUAUCAGAAAGACAUUUACCACCUGAAACACGCACACUCUUCUCACCGCCCCCUCUCAAGCGUUGUGAUUUGCUGUCUUGUGUGUAAUGUAUUCCAUAAUUUCAUGCAUCCAGAGACCUGCUCCCUCCACCUGAUCCCACACAAGAACAAGAGUCCCUGUAAAGUAUGACACUUUUCAGUGUUUGGUAUAACACACCAUAUGGUUGUCAAACGCUUUCACACACACACACACACACACACUGCCUCCCCUUCCAGUACAACACAGGAAUUUUCUUCUCCCCCGUUUUCACUUUCAAAUCGGUGUCACGCCAAAUCAAAAUACUUUGUUCAAAAUUAAUUCAGAAUGGAGAGAGAAAUUUCACGACAACAGAUGUCCAGGCUGCCUGGACACUCCAUCUAAAUGAAGUACUGAUCAUUCUGAUUGGUAAGGUACCAAUAUACUCCCUGAUUUGUGUGAAUUAGGAGUUUUAUUCAUCGGCAAUUAACAGUGUCUAAAAAGGAAAGAAAAAAAAACAGCCAUUGCUGCUAAUUAACACAUUGCUCUCUGGUAUGGAAAAGGGAAAUGUUUUGAGACUCAAUGUGUUCAUUUCAUUGCCUCUUUUUUUCCUUUAAGUGGGAACCUAAAUGCCAAAAAACAAGCAAUGUAUAAUUUAAAACAAGAAAUUACUAGUGAUAGAACGCUAACAUUGAUGUUAUGACAUAAUGACAAUAAUAACAGUAACAAUAAAGUUUAAAAAAUGUCCAGAACCUGAAAAUGUGUCCGAUGCUUUUCU